AGCACAACCACUGUGAGCUGUGCGCGACUCAUCUCAUCCAAGACCACGUUUUAUCUUUCAUUAAUCAGUUGCUCAGAAAGAAGGAAAUGACAUCUGGUCCAUUCUUCUUCUGCAUCUUCAUUAUUGGAAAAUAUUUCACUCUCGGAAGUGCACAGGAUGUCAGUUGUCCCCUCGGCUCCUUCCCCUGUGGGAACAUGAGCAGGUGCCUGCCUCAGCUGCUUCACUGCAAUGGUGUGGACGACUGCGGGAACCGAGCUGAUGAGGACCACUGCGGAGACAACAAUGGGUGGUCUCUGCAACUGGACAAAUAUUUUGCUAAUUACUAUAAACUGGCUUCCACUAACUCCUUUGAGGCAGAAACUUCCGAAUGCUUGGUUGGCUCUGUGCCCAUGCAUUGUUUGUGCCGAGAUCUAGAACUUGACUGUGAUGAAGCCAAUUUACGAGCUGUCCCAUCAGUUUCUUCCAAUGUGACUGUAAUGUCCCUGCAGAGGAACUUCAUAAGAACACUCCCUCCCAACGGCUUCAGGAAGUACCAUGAGCUGCAGAAGCUGUGCCUGCAAAACAAUAGGAUUCACUCCGUGAGCGUCUCUGCCUUCAGAGGACUGCGCAGCCUCACUAAACUGUACCUCAGUCAUAACAGAAUAACCUUCCUAAAGCCAGGAGUUUUUGAAGAUCUCCACAGACUGGAAUGGCUGAUAAUUGAAGACAAUCACCUCAGUCGAAUUUCCCCACUCACAUUUUACGGACUAAAUUCUCUUAUUCUCUUAGUGCUGAUGAAUAAUGCCCUCACCCGUUUGCCUGACAAACCCCUCUGUCAGCACAUGCCCCGCCUGCACUGGCUGGACUUUGAAGGCAACCGUAUCCAUAAUUUAAGAAAUUUGACUUUUAUUUCCUGCAAUAAUUUAACUGUUUUGGUAAUGAGGAAGAACAAAAUCAAUUACUUAAAUGAACAUGCAUUUACACACCUCCAGAAACUAGAUGAAUUGGAUUUAGGAAGUAAUAAGAUUGAAAAUCUUCCACCGAACAUAUUUAAGGAUCUGAAGGAGCUGUCGCAAUUGAAUAUUUCUUAUAACCCAAUCCAGAAAAUUGAAGUAAAUCAAUUCGAUUGUCUUGCCAAACUCAAGUCUCUCAGCCUUGAAGGAAUAGAAAUUUCAAAUAUCCAACAAAGGAUGUUUAGACCGCUCAUAAAUCUCUCUCACAUCUAUUUUAAGAAAUUUCAGUACUGUGGAUACGCACCACAUGUGCGCAGCUGUAAGCCCAACACGGAUGGGAUUUCAUCUCUAGAGAACCUCUUGGCAAGCAUCAUCCAGAGAGUCUUUGUCUGGGUUGUAUCUGCCAUUACCUGCUUUGGAAACAUUUUUGUUAUUUGUAUGCGACCAUACAUCAGAUCUGAGAACAAGCUGCAUGCCAUGUCGAUCAUUUCUCUCUGCUGUGCUGACUGCCUAAUGGGGGUGUAUCUAUUUGUGAUUGGUGCCUUUGACCUCAAGUUUCGGGGAGAGUACAAUAAGCACGCACAGCCGUGGAUGGAGAGUGUUCAUUGUCAGUUCAUGGGGUCGUUGGCCAUUCUGUCCACAGAAGUAUCCGUUUUACUUUUAACAUUUCUGACAUUGGAAAAGUACAUCUGCAUUGUGUAUCCUUUUCGGUGUUUAAGGCCUCGAAAAUGCAGAACAAUCACGGUUCUGAUUUUCAUUUGGAUUAUUGGGUUUAUAGUGGCUUUUGCUCCACUUGGCAAUAAGGAAUUUUUCAAAAACUACUAUGGCACCAAUGGAGUAUGCUUUCCUCUUCAUUCAGAAGACACGGGAAGUACUGGAGCCCAGAUUUAUUCAGUGGUAAUUUUUCUUGGUAUUAACCUGGUGGCAUUUAUCAUCAUUGUGUUCUCCUAUGGAAGCAUGUUUUACAGUGUUCAUCAAAGCUCCGUAACAGUAACCGAAAUACAGAAGCAAGUGAAGAAGGAGGUGGUUCUCGCCAAACGCUUUUUCUUUAUCGUUUUCACCGACGCGCUGUGCUGGAUUCCCAUCUUCAUACUGAAAUUUCUUUCACUGCUUCAGGUGGAAAUACCAGAUUCUAUUACCUCUUGGGUGGUGAUUUUUAUUCUGCCUAUCAACAGUGCUUUGAACCCAAUUAUCUACACGUUGACCACUAGACCUUUCAAGGAAAUGAUCCAUCAACUCUGGCACAACUACAGACAAAGAAGGUCUGUUGACAGGAAAGAGACUCAGAAGGCAUAUGCUCCAUCAUUCAUCUGGGUGGAAAUGUGGCCCUUGCAGGAGAUGUCCUCUGGGUUCAUGAAGCCAGGCGCUUUCACAGACCCCUGUGAUCUGUCGCUAGUUUCUCAGUCAUCUAGACUCAAUUCUUAUUCGUAACUGGAUCUUAGUCUCAAGAAUGCUGUGAAGUGCUUCUAGAGGGAUUUGCCGAUAUGAAGGGAUAUGCCGACAUCUAAGACAAGUUAGCUUAGAGUGGCCCAAGGUAGGGACAGGUAGCUGGUGUUCAUACAGAGAGAAGUAAUUAUGCUGACAAUGUGUGUGUGUGUGUGUGUGUGUGUGUAUUAUUACAUAUUUGCAUAGCUGAUGAAGGGAAAUCUAUUUCUAGCAUGCAUUUAUGCACACUGCAUGGAAGUAAAGUGCUGAGCACACAACAUAGAGCCUUUUUAAUCUAUAUAUUAUGUUGAACUAUUAACAGCACAAACUAAGCUCUAAAGUGUUAUGAUACUCAAAGAUAACGGCAUCAGAUAAAAUGUUUGGGGUCAGCGAGAUGCUCGGUGGAGAAAGGUGAUUACUACACAAGCAUGGUGACCUGAGCUCAGUAUCUGGAACCCACGGAAGGGUAGAGGGAGAAGAGACUCUGGAAAACUGUCCUCUGACCUCCACUUGCGCACCAUGGCAUGUGUGUGCACACAUGCACAUCACACACACACACACGCAAUUUUAAAUGUGGUUGUUUGCAAAAUAGAAACAUUGCUGCUUAAUGAAUCCUUUGCAUUCUUCAUUGAGUCACCACACUUGAGAGUCAACACAGCAUAUUUAUUAAAGGAGGCUUUGUUGCCAGAUGUCAUGGACAGACCUGUAGUCCUAACAUGGGAGAGGAAAAAGCAGAAGGGUCACAAGUUUGAGGCCAGCCUCAGCCACAUCGAAAAAUCCUGGCUCUCACUUGGAAAAGCAGAUCUUACGAUAGGGUUCAAUUGCUAAAGUACUUGUUGCUCGCACACAACCAACUGAGUCUGAAUUCCUAGUACGACCAUUAAAAAGCCAGCUAUGGUAGAACAUACUUUUAAUCCCAGUGCUGAGGAGGUAGAGACUGGAGGACCCUGAAGGCUUGUUGCCCAGCUACUGAGGAAGACACCUACUGCCAGCCUCUGACUGCCACACACAUGUAUUACUCAUGCCCAUACACACACACACACACACACACACACACACACACACAGGAGGGAGGCAAGCUUUGUUAUAAACCCAGAACCAGCAUUUGUUCUGUCACUCCAUACUGAGUUCUCCAGUGGCUUCGCUCUAAGUUAGUGUUAUCAUGAGGAAACAGAACAGGACGGUAGGUAGAAUAUUGCAAAGGGGUAAGCCAGAGAAGCAGGACUGAUGGCAUUUAGAUCAAUGAAAUCCAAUUCAGAAAUAAGCCUUCAUGUUUCAAUUGAUUGUUUAAAAGGGUUACAAGACACAUGUAACCUAACAAAAUUAAAUCAAGAAGAUAUAAACAACUUAUAUCCACAACCUGCAAACAAAACUUUAAGAAAAGCUAACACUAGUGCUACUCACACUGUUCCUCAGAUGAAAAUCCAAGGAACACGAGCAAACACACUCUACAAACCCAACACAGCCCUGAUCAAAACCUUAGGGAAAAAAAAAAACAAUAAAAGAACAAAACUAUAGAUCAAUUCUUUGAUCAUAGAUGUAAUGGUUCUCAAUAAACAUCAAUGAAUCAAAGUCAGGGACAGAUUACAGAUUGGGAAGAUUGCACACCAUGACUAAGUUUGUUUUAUCCAGGUAGGUAACUUUGUUAAUCCAUUACACAAAUAAAUAAAUCUAAUAUAAUACAUAGGAUAGAUAUCAUGUGAUUAUUUCAACACACACACACACACACACAAAACACCUUUGAAAAAAUUUGACAACCUUCAUAAUAAAAGCCCCGUGGAAACUAAGAAUUGAAGGAGCCAAAACUAGCCUAAUAAAGGUCAUAUAAAACAAAGCUGUAAGUAACUGAACUAAAUGGGAAAUGGCAUCACCUCUAACACAGGGAAUGAGAUAAGAGAGCCUGAUGGAGACCUGGGCAGCAUCAUGGCCAGCAGGUAAACCAUCCACAUGAGGUGAAGAAUGAAACUCAAAUCAGCACCAAUUUUGCAGGUGCUGGCCCUAAAUUUCCAGAACCUGACCUUGGAGUUUAUUUUUCUUACACAUUUAAGCACCGUAAAACUUUAGGGGAAGGUUUCCAUGUGACAGUUAUCACGAUGAAAGUCCCUAUAGAAGUAGCAAAGCAUGUAUGAUCUUUACAAUAAGAAUGGAUUGGAUUGGCUGAUAAACAGUGCUCAGGCCUAAGGAGGAAGGAUUUGUAAUAAUGAUCGAUUACUGAUGGAGGAUACAAAGGACUUUGAGCCUCCUUUGUAAGUUGGGUUCUACUCACUGAGAGACAGACUCAGGAUUAGGGCCUCCGCAAUGCUCAAGGUUUGGCAGGGGUGGGAGGAUUCAGGAAGGCCUGCUCCACAGCCCAGCAAAAGGAUCACUAGGUUGUCGGACAACACCCAUCCCAGCUUCCUAGGCAACCGGUGUCAGUUAUUUUCUUCCUUUGAAGAAAUAGGCUCGCAUGUUUAAUACGUCUGGUUCCUCAAACACUUUGUCCUGUGCCUAUGUUCCUGUUUCUAUGCAGUGCCUCCUACAAGUGCCCACUUACAUAAUUCUUAUUCAGUAUAUCUUUCAAAGUGGUAGCUUGAAAUAAAAAACAAAAAGAAAUAAAAAAUGGCCAUAAAUAUGAUGGAGAAGUUAAUAUAUCCCUAUUGUAGACAACUCAGAGCUACAUUUAAAAGACCCUAAAGAUUCCAUUAGAAAGUUCACGGACCUCAACAUUUUCCCUAUAAUGUUACUCAAAAUAUAAUCUAUACACCAUGUGACCUAGCCAGUCAACUCAUGGGCAUACACCCAAAGUACUCAGUGUUAACAUAACCCAGAGAUACUUGUAUAUCCAUACUUAUUGUAAUGUUCACCAAAAAUCAGGAAAAAGGGAACAGCCUAGACAUUCAUUGAAAGAAAAGACUUUACAUAUUGACAAAAUAUUCAGUAGCCUUCCUAUAUAUCUGUAAGAAACCUCAUUUGAAGUAAGUUCAUCAUGUGUACAUAGAAACACUACUGAUUUUUGUGUUUAUUUUGCAUCCUAUUUUUUAACAUUGAAAUCUCCAGUUACAUGAAUCUUCCUGAAAAUGUCUUUUUUUCCCCCUGCUCGGUGGCUGAAUAAAGUUUCAUUAUGUAUAUGUUAAAUGAAA